UAUAGAUAAGCCACUGCCAUUUGACGGUGGCAUUCAUUUAAAGGUCUCUCUGCAAUUGCCCAUUCCAGCCUGCGAUGCGUCUGUGUUUUCAUCCCCCACAGAGCAGCAAGGCGCGGCUGCGCUGUUGGAUCAACCUGCCCUAAGUCUCACAGAAGUCAGUGCUGAGAUGGGAUUAGACUUUGGGAUGCCUGGUCCCACCACAUCCUCUCCUGAGUCUCAGUGUCCCUGGAAAGCUGCUGCCACCGUGGGCAUCCAAUCCUUGGGUAGCUGCUCUGAUCUUGGCAAUCGAGGCGGUAACAGCCAAUCUCCCUAUUUGCAGAGUGGAUCAUUAAUUUUCUGUGAGUGCUACACAGUGCUGCAGGAUAUAGGAUUUCCAAUUCUAGUUCAUUUCUAGUGAGGGUGUGUACUUGUGCCCUCAAAGGGUAAAAGUUGUUUUAAGUGUUGUCAAAUAAUGAGUCACCUCUGAUUAAUGUUUGACUGUGCAGGCAGCAGGCACUAGGACCUCUGGGAUGCUGCAUCUGCAGCCCUUACCAGAAAAGAAAUCAGGAAAUAACGCAGUCGCUCUUUCUGGGAGUGUGCCCUUGACAAUAAAGCUUUGCUGCUCCAUAUGAAAGAGAAUUUACUCUCCAGGAAUUCAGGAAUCUGAGUCCAGGAUUAGCUGUGAGCCACCCUGAGACAUCGUUGCCCUGCAUGGACAUUGCUGGGAGGUAGCAGCAGGAGAGGACAGGGAGUCCCUGAUGCGCUGACGGCUGACCAUGUCUGGGAAACACUGGCCCCCCGGGACGCAGUGCGUCGCCAAGCACGACCACACCAAGCCCAAGGCCCAGGAGCUGGCCUUCCGCAAGGGCGACGUGGUCACCAUCAUCGAGGCCGUGGAGGGCAAGGGCUCCUACCGUGCCAGACACAACGAGACGGGACAGGAGGGGCUGCUGGCGGCCAGCGCGCUGCGGGAGCGUGGUGCCAUCCGCGUCGACCCCAAGCUCAGCCUCAUGCCCUGGUUCCACGGGAAGAUCUCGGGGGUGGAGGCGGUGCAGGAGCUGCAGCCCCCCGAGGACGGGCUGUUCUUGGUGCGCGAGUCUGUCCGGCACCCCGGCGACUACGUGCUGUGCGUGAGCUUCGGCAAGGAGGUGAUCCACUACCGCGUGGUACAUGAGGAGAACACGCUCAGCAUCGACAGCCAGCAGUACUUCUCCAACCUCAUUGACAUGAUCGAGCACUACAUGAAGGAGCAGGGAGCCAUCUGCACCAAGCUGGUGAAGCCCAAACCGAAAACCGGGAUGAAGUCAGCCGAGGAGGAGUUGGCGAAAGCUGGCUGGUUGCUGAACCUGCAGCACCUCACCCUGGGAGACCGCAUCGGGCAAGGCGAGUUCGGAGAUGUCCUGCAGGGCGAGUAUAUGGGGCAGAAGGUGGCUGUGAAGAACAUCAAGUGCGACGUGACCGCCCAGGCCUUCCUCGCCGAAACAGCUGCCAUGACGAAGCUCCGGCACAAAAACCUGGUGUGUUUGCGUGGCGUGAUCCUGCACAACGGCCUCUACAUCGUCAUGGAGUUCAUGAGCAAGGGCAACCUGGUGAACUUCUUGCGCACACGGGGCCGGGCGCUUGUCCCAACCCAGCAGCUCCUCCUGUUUGCUCUGGACGUGGCUCAGGGCAUGGACUACCUGGAGUCCAAGAAGCUGGUGCACAGGGACCUGGCUGCCCGCAACAUCCUCAUCUCUGAGGAGAACGUGGCCAAAGUGAGCGAUUUCGGCUUGGCGCGGGUCAAUCCCAAGGGUGCGGACGCCACUUUGCUGCCCGUGAAGUGGACGGCCCCGGAGGCCCUGAAACACAACAAAUUCUCCUCCAAGUCGGACGUGUGGAGCUACGGGAUCCUCCUGUGGGAAACCUUCUCCUUCGGACGGGCGCCGUACCCCAAACUGAGCCUGAAGGAGGUGACGGAGCUGCUGGAGCAGGGUUACCGCAUGGAGCCCCCCGAGGGCUGCCUGCCCGCCGUCUAUGCCCUGAUGAAGAGCUGCUGGGAGCUGGAGCCGGGCAAGCGGCCAUCCUUCAAGAAAAUCACAGAGAAGCUGCAGAAGGAGCUGAAGCACCUCAGGGAUGUUUAACCCCUGCCCUCUUCCUGGGAUCCAUGGCCAGAAGCCCCCUCCCGGACCCGCCGGGGUUGGGAGCGGCAUGGCAAGGGGUGGACCAUGGCACCGCUCUCUCCCUGUGGAGACGGGGCAGCAGUUGGGGGGGGGGUGUGUGUCUCUCCUACAAUGGGGUGCCCAAAGAGGAGGCAACAACCUCCCCCCAUCCUGGCACGGGUCCUUCUUCCCACCACACAUCCCAGAGAAGGUUCCCGUGGGGUCGAUCUCCCUUGACCUGCUGGGGUGGGGAGAGCAGCCCCCAAGGGGUCCAUGCCCCACACCCCCCACACUCAGCCCCGGACAGCAGGUGCUGGACGUGGGGGUCCUUUCAAGCUGCCCCUCCUGGUGACAGGGGACAGGACAGGACAUCUCCACUUGCUGGAGGAUGAAACCCCAACCCCGCCGCAGCCCCGCUCCAGCCACCCGGCCCCGCGCGGGGACGCUGGGCGCAGCCAGCUAAACCACACAGAUUUGGGCUUUUUGAUUAAACCAAAGAAAUUA